UAUUCAAAAUAAAAUACAAUGUCAAUGAAUGUAAGGUUAUUUUUAUUUAUCGUAGAGGUAUUUUUUCUCAGGAAGAGAACGAAGUAGAUUAAAGUUAUUUAAGCAAUAAGAUAAAAAUAAAUGCCUUUUUAUAGAAUGGUGUCAAGAUAUCAACUAUUUCACUGCAGUCGAAUGCGGGCUAAUAUGAUAGAAGCAAAUAAAUGCAGGUUUCUAGUCCAACGUGCGAAGCAUACAAAAGCUUUGAAAACAGAAAAAGAGAAAUUACGAAUGUAUGUUGUUGGAAGAUAUAUCGAUUAUGUUAAGAACUACACAAAUGUCCUUGAACAGAGAUUUCCAACAGCUGUUAAAAUGUACAGAGUGUUUAGUGUUGGAAUUAAAGAUUUCUUGAGAGAUCUCAAAACAUACAUAUCACUAAGAAUAAAAAUUACCCGGGAUGGCGGAUUUUCUAAUAUGAGCCGUCAAGAUAUUGAACUGUAUGAAAAAAUGCCAUCAGACAUGUGGAGAAUAGCACCUGUCCUUAUUUUGUCUGCUAUUCCCUUUGGAAAUUACGUCAUAUUUCCCUUAGCGUUUCUCAAGCCUAAAUCUCUCCUCUGCUCACAUUUCUGGUCGAUACAGCAACGCGUCGAGUUUACUACACAAGAUUUGAAGGAACGCCUUAAAUAUAAUAAGCCCGUCUUGCGGGCUCUCCAAGCUCAGUUAGACGCGAUCCCUAAUGGUGAAAUAAAAGAGCGUUGGAGAAGAGUACUCGGCCUGUUGGGAUCCGGUGUUCAUCCAACACCUGAGGACGUUCUAGAGUGUCAAAGCCUUUUUAUUGAAGGCCCGUAUGAAUUGUCUGGCAUAACCUAUUCACAUGCUGGUCACUUACUGAAAAUGCAUGGCAUGAAGAAGUCAUUGCUUAGAAGGAACAAGUUGAAGUACCGGGCGUUUCUGCUUUUAGAAAUGGACAAAGCAAUUCUGAGGGAGGGGGGAGUGGACGAAAUGAAUAUGGAGUCUCUGAGACACGCGUGUCACAUCCGCGGCUUGAAUGGCAGCCAUUUGACCAACCAGGACAUGAGGGAUUGGUUGCACAAAUGGCUGGCAGUAUCUAGUAAAAUCGACAAGCUAUCUUAUUCGUUAUUAUUGCAUAGUCCUAUAUUUUUCGCAUACAAUCACCCGCAAAAUUGGGUGUUGAUUUACUAAUUUUUAUUAUUAUUUUUUUGAUUGUUAACAAUUGUUUUAUAGUUUACCUAUUCAUAGUUCAGUUUGACUAGGAGUACAAAUAUAUAUUUUUUUUAUUAAAUACGCGCAGCAGCAGUAUGAUUAAGAAAAUUUUUACAAGCGAAAACAAGUAUAUGCAGGGAUUGAUUAAUGUUAUUAAGACUUAUAAACUUGGGAUUCCUCUUUCAUGCGAUGGGCUAGCAGCCUAUCAUUAUUAAAAUUUUAUAUUUCAUGAUUAAACCAUUCAGGUAAACAUAACCUUUGAGACUAGGGUCGUGACCGUCUUUUAAAAAAAAAUUACAGACAGAGAGAAUAUCAGAUGAUAAUAGAAAUCGGCUCUAUGGUUUUAUAGAAAUAUUUUUUUUUAGUUAGAUUUAAUUGAGAUUAAAACCUCAAAAUGCAAUAUAAGUUUUAAUCUCAAUAACAUUAUUAAUGUGCAGCGCGUAUUUUGAAAUUAGAUGAUGAUUAUUUAUUAUUAUUUGUGAUUAAUAUUUUAUACAGCCAAAUGUGAGACAUUAUGCUGUGAAAUACAUGUACUGUGAUUAAUUAGUUAUAGAAGUGUAUUUUUAAUUAAUCUAGAUUUUCUAAUGUUAUAUCUAUGUAUAUGUAAAAAUUUCUUCGUGCAAAGUUUUAUUGACCGAAAUUACUUAUUGUAGUCAACUAACAGUAACAUAACUAAAAUAAGGAUGUUUAAUUUACUGCACGUUCUUAUAAGGUGAAACGGAAUUCAAGCAGUAGACAUGGUCUUGUGUUAUUCCGUGUAUCUGACUAACUGACGCGCUCCCGUGGUCAGAGGUCUCAGGCUUCCGCAGACUUCAUGGCAGUUGCAACCAGUAAUAACUCCACAAGUGACGAUAAAUCUGUGACAACGGUCGUGCCGCCGCCGCCAAGACGAGAUAAGCGAAGCGCCAUCUAGGUACCUUUCUAUCUUUUUUCGAAAACAUUCGUCGUUUUUUUUAAUGUAUAGUCCAUUUUUAGGUACUGAAAUAAAGGUAUACGUCUUAAUAGGUACUUAUUUUUUAUUAAAAUAAUCAUUAAUUAAUUAAUAGCCACAAGAAGACUAAACCACAUGAAUAACAGAUAUCGUAAUUGAUUAGAUUAUCAUAAAAAGUAGUAAUUAUUUUUUUGUUUGCUUUUUCAACAAAUUGUAUCCUGAUGAGCUUGACUUUGGGCGAAUUGACUAUGUUUCUGUUUUUAGAUUUAAACUUUUAAUUGGUGUCUAUAUUUGUUAAUAAUGUACUUUGUUGUAUUUGUUCAGUGUAUAUUUCAGUAUUGUUUUUUAGAUUUGGACAAUCUUGUUGUACGCUUUCUGUGACUAAAGUUGAAUUAUGUAAAUUUUAUGCUCUCGCGAAUGUUUUAACAAGGGA